CGCAGUGUUGGCAUAUUUCAAAAGCCACAACAAUAUUUUGUGUCGUGAGGGACGCCCAUUUAUAGAUUCUAACUUAAGUUAUCAUCUUAUCAAAUAGUAUGCCAUUUGUAGAUUAAUUAAUGUAAGAAGAUGUUACAUUAAUCAUAUACACAAUGGAUUCAGACAGUGUGGAUGAUUUACCGGUCAGAGAUACAGGUGGAGCCAGGAGUGCAUAUGAUGAUAAAGUGAGUGAGCAGAAAAGGGCCCAGCAGCGGAGAGCAGUGGCUAAGAUAAGCCGGGAGGAGCUAGAAGAUCAGUAUCUCAGACUUCAUGAUGAAAACCUUAUCCUCAAGAGACAUGCUCGGAAACAGGAAGAGAAGAUUAAAAAGAUGGCUACUAAGCUUCUGCGCUUGGUCCAAGAUAACAAGAAGAAAGACAGUGAUACUGGAGCAGGAGGAACAGGAGCAAGAAGGAAAGGAGGACGAGAUAUCGAGACAGAAGAGAUGAUAGAAGAACAACAACAGAAGAUUAGAGACCUUGAAAAGAACUGUGAAGCAUAUAAGAAGAAACUCAUGGUUGCCAAGCAACAGAUUGCAACACAAAGCCAAAGAAGAACUCCAUAUAACCAUGUCCAAUCCAGGAUAAAUACAGGCAUGCCCAAGCCGCCUACGGACAGUGUACAGAGAAAUCUAAGAGUGCAGGGAAAUAGAACAGGAUCAGCGACUCCAAGAUCAAUACGUAAUGAUGUUCUACCAAGAUAUGGUCACAGUCUUCUAGAGGAAGCUAGAGCUGAAAACCAACGGCUGAAUGAGGAGAUUGAUAACUUGCAUGAAAACUGUCAAAUCUUGGAUCAGGAGAAAGAAAUGCUAAUGGAACAGAUCCGAAUCAAGGAAUUAGACCAUGAAGAGGUUCUCCUCCGACUGAAAGAACAGAUGUCAGCAGGUCAAAGGCAUACAGCAAAGAGUAAUAUACAAGAGAAUGUUGAUAUGAUCAAACUGCAGCGGGAGGUGAAAGAAAAAUCUCAGAAGCUUGCUGCCCUCGAGGCCCAGUACGCCACACUACAAGAGAAUCUUGCCACAGUGAAGACCAGUCAUGAUGCUGUUAUUGCCGAGAUGGAGGAUUUAAAUAGAAAGCUACAUCAGGAGCAAGCUAAGUCACUUUCACUUCAGACCGAACUCAAACAAGGCUCAACACUACAGAGAAAUAUAUCAGAGCUUCAGGAGAGAAUAACAGAUACAGAGAGAGAGAAAGAUAUUCUGAGAGAGGCUAAUGAGAAAUUACUAAACAGUGCCUUUGAUGCAGAAAGGGAGCGUCAGUAUCGUGCCAAUGAAAAGCAACUCAAACUCCAGAUUGCUCAACUUGAGGCAACUCUCAAAGGAGAUCUGAAUGAUAAAAACACACUUCUUGAUAAACUCAAUGAAGAAAGAGAGGAGUACGAGAAGCUUCAGAAAGAGAAUCGUGAUAUGCAGGUGAAGUAUUACGCUGUCAGGAAACAGCUUGAAGAGCUCCAAGAGAAGAUGAAGUUCUUUACCAAAGAGAGCGCUGUGGAUUGGAAUGAGAUGGAAGAAGCACUUAUACUCGUCAAGAAAAGAAAAGAGCGAGGGACACAGGAUCUGGACUUUUUAGAGAAAGUGGAUGAUGAAAUCAAUCGUGACAUGAAGAUCCAGAUGGGUGCCCUCCAGGCGGAGCAUGCAGAGACAGUCAACGAACUGGAGAAAACUCGUAAUAUGCUCCUUCUACAGAAUAAGAUCAAUAGAGAUUACAAGCAGGAGGUAGAAAGCUCCACUAGGAGACUGGAGGAAUAUAAGCAGGAGUAUGAAACCAAACUGGAUGAGUACGCUCAGCUUCUUGAUAUAAGGGCAGCUAGAAUCAAGAAAUUGGAGAGGCAGAUGAAAGACAUUGCUUAUGGAACUAAACAAUUCAAGAUGGCUGAUAUUGCUCCAGAUGAAGAUGAUUAUGAAGAGAUUGAUGAAAGUGUCAAGCUAGAGAGAGGUCAGAAUCUAUUGGAGAUACAUAUAGAAAGAAUAACAUUCACCCAGGAUGGUCUUCGAGAGCUUGGAGAUGAUGAACCCUCAACGUUUGCUACAUAUGAAUUCUUUGAGUUUGAGCUUCAAUCAACGCCUGUCGUUAAAGGAAACAAACCUAUGUUCAAGUUCACCUCUCAGUAUCGUGUGACCGUGGAUGAUUUCUUCCUCCAUCAUCUGAUGAAGGGCGCCACCACCCUGGAGGUUCAUCAAGCCAUCGGUACGGAGUAUCGUACCAUAGCAGCGUGUCAACUCAAGUUCAGGGAUCUAUUGGAUAAACCACAGGGAAGGGUCCAUGGCACAGCACAACUAGUUGGUGUUGAAUCCGGUCGCACCGAUGUGAUCUAUGGUACUGUGGAAUUCUGGGUAAGAUUGAGGGUACCAAUGGACCAAGCUUUGAGAUUAUUCAGGGAACGUGUGAAAGCUCUUGGUUACAUGUCAUCUAAUCAGAAGAACACCCAACAAGCCUUAGCCAACCUAGCCAAGGCUACCGGAGAGGAACCAACACGUGAUACAGAUGAGAAUAUCAAUGAACUUACGAUCAAGGUCAUUAGAUGUGAUAAUGUCAGAGCUAGGAGAGAGGGUAUCCAACCCAACCCUUAUAUCAUCUAUCGGUUCUUUGAUUUCAAUGAUCAUGAUACGACGACCGUUCAGAGUAGUAAUACACCAGAGAUUAAUGAUAUGCAGACAUACCCUGUACCAGUCACACCUGAUCUAGACCGGUAUCUAAGAACAGAGACUCUUGAUUUCUAUGUCUUUGACGAUACUGAUCCUGAAGACACAGCAUACCUAGGAAUGGCCCAGGUUCCUCUCAUAAGCCUUGUCAACAACAAACCAAUCAAAGGAACAUUUGAAUUAAGAAAUACUGAGACUGCCAAUGGAACUAUUGAUGUGAUGAUCAACUGGCAGGGUACAUAUAUAGCACCCAAGGUUGUUCAUACUACCCAGAAGCCACCUGUUCCAUCGAGUAGCACCCCCAAGCCCCCUACCUCAAGGCCCACCUUGGGCAAAGCCCCUGUUCCUAUGGGUAGGUCACCCAAGCCCCCAUCAGCACCCCCUACUGCGCCCCCUUCCGCACCACCAGCGGAACCCCCGUCAGCUCCUCAGCAGCCGAAGCAACCUGAUGCUAGACCAUCGCCAGCGCCCAGAGGCUUGGACAUGACACCAACCAGAGACAAACCACCCCUCAAACCGAUCGCAUCAUCGACACCUGGUUCAACGCCAGAAAGACGUAACUCAAGGGAUAGAUUGAGAGACACAGGGCCAUUCAUGCCACAGGUCCAAGAGGCAAAGAAGAAAGCAACCAAAUCAGUUCGUUUGAUGGAAGAGAAGAAAGAACUUACCCCCACCCCUCCUGUAAUCUCUGUUACACCCCCUACACCUCAAAAGGGUGAGAAAGACACCAAGCAGGCAACUCCGAACCGAAGAAGACGACCUUCAAUCCCCAAACCACAGGAACCAGAGCAGAGGGAGGAUGAGAAAGCAGCAGAAGAGCCAGAGGUUGAAGAAGGUAACUCGGUGGAUGAUCUUGAGAGGGAGAUUGCAGGAGAGAUGGAACGGCAAGAGAAGGAAGAGCAAGAGAGGUUUGGAGCGGAAACACCGGCAGUGGAAGAUGAUGACAAUGAUCUGGUGGCUCAAGAACUUCAGAAAGAAUUUGCUGAGGAUACUACUCAGAUUAGAAAGACAGAGGUAUAUGAAGAUACAAUGUUUGAAGAUGCAGCUGCCUCCAAUGAAGAGAACGACUUUGAUGAAUCUUCUAUAGAAGAAGAUGUUGAGAUACCAGAGCCUGAAGAUGAUGAGGAGGAGGAAGGUGAAUCAAGAGCAGCUAAGAACGAUAAUGUUAUAUCAAGUGAUAGUGAGAGUGUCAUUAUACCUGCAACACCAACCAGACCAGUCUCAGCCAUGGCUAAUGAAGACACCAUAAUAAUCAACAUAGGCCAGUUGACUAUUGACCAGGAUGCUUCGCUGAUCACCGAUGAUACUAUCCACAGGCUGUUUGUAGAAUAUCAGUUUCUUGGGAUUGCUCAAGAGGAGCUUGAAACACCCUUCUCGUUGCCCAAACCUGGCCCUAACGGACCUUUUGAAUUGUCAUAUAACUUUCACAAAGUGAUCCAUAUUGAUGGUGACAUGACUAAACGGAAUUACUUGGCAGACUUCCUUAGACCAGACCACAGUGAGAAGGGAAGGCUACGUUUCACUGUUGUGAGUGAACCACCAGAUGAGUUCCAAGAGGAUGCUGAAUGUAUUGAAGUGGGUUAUGCUUACGUUGACCUUCGUGCCUUACUCGAGGAAGGUCGUGACCUCACAGACAGUGACAUCGAAGUGGUGAAUGUGCAUGAUGAGUCUGAGCCCAUAGGUUCAGUGACUGUCACUGUAUGUUGUGUUGCAGCACUCGGGGCCAUGCAACGUGAAGUAGAAGCACUCCGAGCUGAAGAAGAUGAGGAGGAUGACGAUAUCGACACCGAUGAGGAAGCCUAAAAGCUCAGUAUCACUGCCAUCAUCUUAGAAGAAAUCAAUUACCUUUGAGGGGCCCUGUUGAUUGAAAUUGAUGAUAUCUUUGUGUUCUACUGGUAAACUUCCAUGAAAUCCUUGAUUGUAGUGGCUGUUGAGCAUUGUUUCUGGGGUAUUUUAGUUACUGAUGUACUCAGCACAAAGAGAAUGAGUUAAAACAAUACAGAAUAGGAUAUUAUGAAUCAAUGAUUCAUAUUGUCCUAUUGUCCCGGUAUCAAUCCCUCAUUGUUCCAUGAAUCCCAUGCCUGACACCCUGCUGUAUUCAUAAUAAUGAUAUUUAAAGUUAAAGUCCACCCCAGAAACAUGUUGAUUUGAAUAAAUGGAGAAAAAUCAAACU